AUGGCGAAUAGAUUAAAAACGCAGAUUCAAUUUAGUGACGAUGCUCCUGUACUUAAAAUGGAUGAACCUGAGGUAUGCAAACGAUUUGAAGACUAUUACUAAUGUCUUUAAACUUUAGGUCAAGGAGCUCAUGCCGUAGUUAAGAUAGCAAAGAAGAGAAGCACAGGAGAGAUAUAUGCUGUAAAAAUAGUUAGAUCUGGAGAUCAAGAGAUUCAGAGCAAUGUUAAACGGACAUUCAAUAAUACUAGAUGUCUAAAACAUCCAAACAUUGCUCAGGAUAUAGAGCUUUACAUCAACGAAAAGAUGGAAACCUCUCAUUUAGUAAUGGAGUACUGUAAGUUCCCGAGUUUGGAAAGCAUAAUAAAGAAAAGACCUCUGACUCCCGAGGAGUUAAAGAUUGUGAUAAAACAGCUUCUUUUGGGAAUUCAGCACGCUCAUUCGAAAGGAAUAUGCCAUAGAGAUUUAAAGCCAGAUAAUAUUCUAGUUAAUUUGGAUGGGGAUAGUGAACCUCCUAAUGUAAAAAUUGUCGAUUUUGGAGUCUCAAGAAGAUUCUCAUCAAAAGGAUAGCAAAUUGAAAUGCUAACAAAAACGGGUAACAUCUUUUAUUGUGCUCCAGAAAUAUAUCAUAAAGCUGGCUAUUCAAAUGAGGUUGACAUUUGGGCAAUUGGAGUCAUUACAUAUUAAUGUAUUUUCCAAAAACUACCGUUGCAUUCAAAUGAAUUAACAGAUUUUAUAGAACUGUUGGGUAAUUAAAAUGAAUGGAGAUUUUAAGAAUCAUUAAAUACACUCGAAUAACCAUUAAGUAAUUUGAUUAUGGCUAUGUUGAAUCCAAAUAAAAGCGAGAGAAUCACUGUUGAUGCUGCUUUGUAGCAUCCAUUUUUCCAAAUUAGUACUAUUAAAGAUGUGAUGGCUUUUAUAAAUAAAUUAAGUGUUGCAUAAAAUAAUCGUUGCUAGGAUAAAUAAUUGCAGUCUAGUCUUAAAUUAGAUGAUAAACUAUGGGGAAAUGUUAUCUAAAAAUUAUAAAAUAGUUAGAAUGGCGAUAGGAAUGAUGAAAUUAUGAUAGAGGAUUUAAUUAAAAGUUUUAGUGAUAUCCAUAUUAUUGAAAAAAAUGGUGAGUAGUGCGGAUUCAUUUAAUUGAUGAAUUCAAUUAAUAGUAGUACAGCUCUGAUGAGUAGGUUAGGAUCCAAAUAAGAAAUACUUGAUAGAAGUUUUGGAUAUUAAUUUAGCUCUUCUUCAAAUAAAUUAUGCAAUUAGGAUUAAUUAGAAAACAUAGAUAAAAUCGAAAGUAGUAUAGAUAUGAGAGAUGAUUAGUAGUCCACGAAUAAUAAUAAAUUUCUUAGUCAAUUGGGUGCACAUUUAGAUAAAAGCAUUGAUGUUAUGCCAUAUGAGGGAUUGAUGGCUUCAUCUAAAUAUACUCCUCAAUAAGAUUAAUUUGGAAUUGUUAAAAAACCUUCCAACUAAGACAAAAAUUUAUUUGAGGAUUUCUUCAUAAAAGAAGUUGAUGAAACAACGGAAGACUCAUUAUGA